ACGUCAACAAGCAGAGAGAGGAGAGGAGAGGAGCCCGUCCCUGCCCUCAGAGGAGCAGCUGAGCGGAGCAGCCUCAGAAGGAGAAGAGUUUCCUGCAGGUGGACAUGUUGGAUCCGCGCGUAAAGACGCUCUGAACGCGGAUGACAAAAACAACCUUCACCACUUUUAUUUCUUAAUUUCUUCACGAUCAAGAUCAGAAAAUGCUGGCAAGGAAAAGCAUUAUCCCGGAGGAGUUCGGUCUGCCGGGGCUGGUCUCCCGGCUGCCCCGAAAACCGGUGUUCAGAGACCGCGUGAACAAGGCGCGCUUCAUCGCCAAGAACGGCUCGUGCAACCUGGCGCACAAGAACAUCCGGGAGCAGGGCCGAUUCCUGCAGGACGUGUUCACCACGCUGGUGGACAUGAAGUGGCGCUUCACGCUGGUCAUCUUCACCACCACCUUCGUCAGCAGCUGGCUGCUCUUCGGCAUGAGCUGGUGGCUGGUGGCGUUUGCGCACGGAGACCUGGACCCGGAGGGGCAGACCGGAGCUCACUGCGUCACCGCCGUCAAGUCGUUCACUUCGGCCUUCCUGUUCUCCAUCGAGGUUCAGGUGACCAUCGGCUUCGGGGGGCGGAUGAUAACGGAGCAGUGUCCGACCGCCAUCACCGUCCUCAUCAUGCAGAACAUCGCCGGGCUCAUCAUCAACGCCGUCAUGCUGGGUUGUAUCUUCAUGAAGACGGCUCAGUCGAACCGCCGAGCAGAGACGCUGAUCUUCAGCCGUCACGGCGUCAUCGCCGUCAGAAACAACAGUCUGUGUUUCAUGAUCCGUAUCGGGGAUCUCAGGAAGAGCAUGAUCAUAGGAGCGACCGUCCGACUCCAGGUGGUGAGGAAGACGACCACUCCCGAGGGCGAGGUGAUCCCCAUCCAUCAGAUCGACGUCCAGACGGAGAGCGCCGCCGCCAGUAACAGCCUGUUCCUCCUCGCCCCGCUCAUCAUCUGUCACAUCAUCGACAAGAACAGCCCGCUGUACGACCUGUCCGCCAUGGAGAUGCAGUGCAGCGACCUGGAGGUGAUCGUCAUCCUGGAGGGGGUCGUGGAGACGACGGGGAUCACGACGCAGGCCCGCACCUCCUACAUCUCCGAGGAGAUCCAGUGGGGUCACCGCUUCGUUCCCAUAGUGACCGAGGAGGAGGGCGUGUACUCGGUGGAUUACUCCAAGUUUGGGAACACAGUGAAGGUAGCGACGCCUCGCUGCAGCGCCCGAGAGCUGGACGAGAAGCCGUCCAUCCUGAUCCAGACGCUGCAGAAGAGCGAGAUGUCGCACCAGAACUCUCUGAGGAAGCGUAACUCCAUGAGGCGCAACAACUCCAUGCGGAAAGGCGGAGCGAGCAGCGGCGGCCUGCGCAGGAACAACUCGGGGCUCCUCGCGCCCAAAGUCCAGUUUUACACCUCGACCGAGGGCGGCGCCAGCCUGAACGCCGUCACCUGACAUGAGGCCCGCCUCCUGCUGGCUGCCCUGCUCCUCCUGGCGGGAAGGAGGAUUGUGGGUGUUGUAGUUUCUCCUGCUCUAACGGGACUCAUUCUUUCAUUAACGGCUUUUUCUAGUCUUCACUCGCAGCACUUUUUACUUCAUGAUCUUUUUUCUAAUAAAUUGUGUUUUAUCUUUUCCUUAUUCAAAUGUUAGGGACGUUUUCUCAGCACUGAUCGAGCCACCAGACACCAAAACAUUUUGUUUUCUAAAAACUAACCAUUGAAGCAAUAAUCACAAGCACUGGACCUUCACAUCUAGUUGACUGUUAACUGUUUUAGGAGACAUAUUUUUGUAUUUUCAUAAAUUCACAGUUAACUGGUGGCGAUAAGUCACCAUACUGUACGUGUGUAUUUUUCACUUUAUUGUGUCAUUUGUGUUGUUUGAGAAUAAACACACUCACUUCAUAUAAA